AUGAGUUACAAGGAUUCUGGACAGCCACAACCCAGUUUAAAGGAGCGCCUUCAAAAGUUGGAUGAAAUAGAAUCAAAGGUUAUGCAAAUCAUGCAGUCGGCUGGAGGUACUUUGGAUGAAUUAUCAAAAGACAUCCCGUCUCAAAAGCAAAUUGAGAUACACGCCCACAAUUUCCGGGACGCUGUUCGAGAUGUGGAACUUGAACUAAUUUCUCAGUUAAACUACCUUAGCCAAGUGUUGGCUGGUCUUCCUUAUGAAAAAAACGUCUACAAAGAAACAAUUGACCUGACCAUUGCAGCGGAACGUCUUAAAAAUGUAGAGAGAAUACUGUCAAAAGCUUUGUAA